CCUCCAAAGUGGCUGAGAAGAUUAGCAUGCAUCUGGUUAGCUUUAGGCAGACAAAAGCUGAACUGAAUUGAUAAGCACUAAAAGCCCAGCUGUUUGGCAGCAGUGUGAAAAUAUUCAUCAACUUCAAUGACUUGAGCUUCAUACGAAGACCAGGCUUGCCUUGUUGGGAUUCCUGGAUUUGUCAUGUUUUCUCCUCAGCAUAACUGAAAAGUAAUGUGAAAUGCCUCCAACUUCCCAGAGCCGAUCCUUGCAAGAGCGUAAGAGAAAGAGGCUCUUGGAGAGCAUGCUUGCCAUCAGAUCCCUGCUCUUUUCAUCCCUGCCUCUGGAGAGCUCAGCUUUACAAACAUGACACCAACAAGAUGCUGGUUUCAACAUGGGCACCCAGCCACACACUGUGACCAAGGCAGAGAUCCCUGACUAUGUUCUUUACACCGUAGGAACAUGUGUGCUCAUUAUUGGCUCCAUUGGCAUCAUCGGAAACCUCCUCGUUCUCUAUGCGUUUUACAGCAACAAGAAGCUGAGGACACCCCAAAACUACUUUAUAAUGAAUUUGGCUGUGAGCGACUUCCUGAUGUCAGCUUCUCAGGCACCCAUGUGCUUUGUCAACAGCUUGCACAGAGAGUGGAUACUUGGAGAUAUAGGCUGUGACUUGUACGCUUUCUGUGGGGCACUCUUCGGAAUAACCUCAAUGAUGACUUUAUUAGCUAUUUCUGUUGACCGCUACCUUGUGAUCACUAAGCCCCUGCAAUCCAUACAGUGGAGCUCAAAGAAACGCACCAUGCAGAUCAUCGCUCUCGUGUGGCUGUACUCGCUGGCAUGGAGCGUGGCUCCGCUCCUCGGGUGGAGUUCCUAUGUGCCUGAGGGCUUGAUGAUAUCCUGUACAUGGGACUAUGUAACCUACUCCCCUGCAAACAGAAGUUACACCAUGAUUUUAUGUUGCUGCGUGUUUUUUAUUCCCCUGAUAAUAAUAUUCCAUUGUUAUUUAUCUAUGUUCCUGGCCAUAAGACGUACUGGCAGAGAUGUUCAAAAGCUGGGGUCCUGCAGCCGGAAAUCCUACCUCUCUCAAUCCAUGAAGAAUGAAUGGAAACUGGCAAAAAUUGCUUUUGUGGCCAUCAUUGUGUUUGUCUUGUCUUGGUCUCCAUAUGCUUGUGUCACCUUGAUUGCCUGGGCGGGUCGAGCCAACACCCUAACACCAUAUUCCAAAUCUGUGCCAGCAGUUAUUGCCAAAGCUUCUGCAAUCUACAACCCCAUCAUAUAUGCAAUAAUUCACCCAAGAUACAGAAAAACCAUCCACAAUGCUGUUCCCUGCUUGAGGUUCCUAAUACGAAUAUCGAAGAAUGAUGUCCUGAGAGGCUCCAUGAAUGAGUCAUCAUUCAGGACUUCUCUCUCCAGCCAUCAGUCUCUUGCUGGCAGGACCAAGAGCACUUGUGUUUCAUCAGUUUCCACUGGAGAAGCUACCUGGAGUGAUGUAGAGCUUGACCCUGUAGAGCCAGCUCAUAAGAAACUGCAGCCUUGCCGAAGUCACUCUUUCUCAACAAGUCCGAGACAGGAGAAGAGAGACCUGCUCCCAAAGACCUGCAGCUGCGAUGCAGCAACUGCAGAAAAGGUUUCACUCUCCUCCAGCUGUUUGGAGAAGGUGCUUGGGCAGCCAGUCUUACAUGGUACCUCUGCAACCCUUGUGACCAGCUCCCUAAAAGCAGCUUCUCUGCCUGUUGGUCUGAAUAGCAGGAGUGUGAGUGGAGGAGGGGACUCAUGUACUCCACAAAUGGCAACUCAAGAAAGUCAAGUGAAUGGAGUCCUGGGCUGCAUCAUUAGCAAUACGGUCCCUCGCAUCAUCAUCAUUCCUACCUCAGAGACCAACCUAUUUCGAGAGGAACUGGAAGAGGAAGAGACUGAAUUAUUCCACUUUCAUGACAAAAAGGGCAAUCUGCUGGACUUGGAAGGGCUUAGCUCAUCCAUGGAGUUCCUUGAAGCUGUUGAGAAAUUUCUAUCAUAAGUUUCUCAAAAGAAAACUUUCCGGUAAUUAUUUUCUUGGCAUCUUCUCCACUUAAUUAUACCAAAUAACC